AUGAAGGACGUGCUGCGUGACCGCGGCUGGGAGGAGGUCGAGGGGGACGACGAGUUAUGGAACUUGUUCUGGUGCGAAGUGUCCCAGCUACGCGCCACCCUGGACCACAGGCGGCUCGACUCCAACCAGCGCGUGCCGCACUUCAGGAACCACUACGAGCUCACCCGCAAGAACCUGCUGUCCAGGAACCUCAAGCGGCUCCGGCGCAACCUGAUGCGGCAGGGCCGGACUCAGGAGGCUGAGAUGUGCGACUGCAUCCCCGUCACCUUCGAGCUCCCGAGUGAGCACCUGAUGUUUGUUGAGGAGUUCAGGCGAAAACACGGAGCCACUUGGAUCAUCAAACCAUCCUCUGGGUCACAAGGCAGGGGCAUCUUCAUCUUUCAAAAGCAAGUACAGUCUUUAAAGCUUUUAACUUGGCUAAAAGAGCUCAACGACUGGAAACAGGCAAAAGAAGCGGCGAUUCAGAACGCCUCAAAGCCUGGGUCAAGGGGUGCCACCUCUUCCGCAGCCCUCGGAGUCGGCAGGGUGGGUAGCGCGACGGCGAGCGCCGUGCCCGCGGGGGGCGCCAGCCAGCAGCCGCCCGAUACCGUACCGACCACCGUGGACUUGGAGGUCAUGCCAGAGGUGUGGGUGGUGCAGAAAUACAUCGACAGGCCCUACCUCAUCGCCGGGAAGAAGUUCGACAUCCGCUUCUACGUGCUAGUUACUUCGUUUCGGCCUCUGAAGGUGUGGAUGGCUCGCGAGGGCUUCGCUAGGAUGUGCGGUGACGCUUACGACCUGCGGUCCCUCAAUAACCAGAGAGGGCACCUCACCAACAUGGCCAUCCAGCUCAAGGGCAACGACACUGACGUCCCGGGUUGCAAGUGGGGCCUGCGGCGACUGCGCCAGUUUCUGACGACGGCGCAUGGCCCCGCCGACGUGGACCGCCUGUUCCAGAGGAUCGCCCAUGUGGUCAUGACCAGCCUGCGCUCCGUCCAGCAGGCCAUCCUACAGGACAGGCACUGCUUCGAGCUCUACGGCUACGACGUGCUGCUGGACGAGGAGCUGAACCCCUGGCUGCUCGAGGUGAACGCGUCCCCCUCCCUGACGGCCACUGACCCCGAAGACUACCGCCUCAAGUACCAGCUCCUGGAGGACGUCCUCAAUGUCAUUGACAUGGAGGGGAAGCUGACUGGUCACGAGCGGCAGGUGGGGGGUCUCGACCUGCUCUGGGACGACGGCCCGGUGUUCCGCCGGUGCCCCGAGGGAUCCUGCGGCGUCCUGAGGCCCCAACCCCCAAACCAGUGCCGGUCCCUCAACGUGAUGCUAGGAUGUUACAACAACAGAACGGAGCAACUAGAAGAAUUAGGGAGAUGGCGUGAGAUUCUAGCAGAACAUUCUGUUUAGUUGACUAUAGAUGUGUACAAAAGUAAGGGGAAACAUAUUUUUU